AUGACUUCCAACUGCUUGUACUUUAUCGAGCCUAAUGACAGUACAAAACCAUUAAAUCUUGCUGCAAGAGCAGAAAUAGAGAGAGAUCCCGCCAACUAUGUAUCACAUGAAUCCCACACCUUUAUGGUGAAUCAGAGAGCAUGGACUGCAAGUGUUUUGAACCUAAAAAGGUUGAACGUCACAUAUGAUCUGACCAUAGUUGAGGACGAUGUUUCGGAAUUGGGUAAAUCUCCAGAUUUUGAAGAUGGUCAGGGCCGAGUAGUGAGCUCCUUUAUGCGCUUGAAGCAGCUUGAGAUGUAUCCUCUAACAGUGCCUGAGUCUUCGAGUAAAGAGACUUUGAUUGCUUUACGAUGUCUUCAAAUUGGAGGAGCAAAAAUUCCUCUUGAUCUUAGAAUUCGGACAAAUUCUGAAAAUAGGUCUGAUGCCGUAAAGCCUCAUGGUAAGAAUUGUGAGCGUUCUAUCUCUAUGGAGCCUGUUGCAACUUACAUUCCACCACAAGGGUACAGGCUAGUUCUGCGGUGUAACUUUAUGAAAAGCGGAUCAAGCUUGAGUGACUUUUUAAGUGUUGGCUUCCAACGAAGAGGUACAUCUUUGUGCAAAUGUGAUGCAACUAUUCUCCUCUCACACAUAACAGUUACACUUGAGGAACAUACUAGUCUCAAAGUACAGAAGGGUGGAGUGAUCGAAGUCAUUGAAAAGACUCGCUCACAUACUUUGAAAGACUCAGAUAUCACUUAUUACUUCUCUGCCUGGCAAUUCGAAAACGCUGGUGAGGGUUACGUUUUGCAUCCACCUGCCUCUCUUUAUAAUUGCAAUCUUCCACAACUUGGGCCAACUUUUCACUCCAACUAUCGCAGUCGAACCUACCAAAUUCGAAUUGACCUUGAUGUGGAAUGCACUUUGUGGGAAUUUCCUUGCUCAGAGCGUCUCUCCACAACAUUGAAUAUUGAUAUCGGCGCCGAAGCGAAUUUAAUUCCGGGCGCUGCUUCUAAUGAAUUCACAAAGGUACAAGAUUUGGUCUACUUUGAGAAAUACGCCUUGGCUCCAGAUGCUUUAGAUCAGAUUCUGGAGAGUACUCUUUUGAAAGCAAAAAUGAUGAAAAGCUGCUUUGGUUACCAGACUUCGGUGGUGAGUGAAGCAGACACCUUGUUUGCCAUCUCGACCUUUUUUGUUACUGAGCGGCCAAAAAAGCUAUGGCUUUCUGAGGUUCUGAUUAAAGAAGAAGACGGGACGGAAUAUUCACUAACUUUUUUCAACGACCACUGGAGGACGAAAACAGAAAGUGGUUCUCACAGUAAUCUUAACUUGUCAUUCGAAGUACCAAAUUGUAUGAAGAUUCUCAACAGCUUCCUUGCCCCCAAAAUCAAAGAACAAGACGAAUAUUUAGAAGCUACUUUGAGCCACAGAGGAACAUCGGUUGCCAACCCAGGUAUGAUCUGUAAGCCUUGCAUGACAAUUACUAUGAGAAUACCUAAGUCGUUCGUUGUAAAAAAUGUUCCCCUGUUCAAGUUUUACUUCACAGAGCAACUUUUUUAUUUGACACAAGCUGGUCAGGCUAUUCAUCACAGGCAACAUAGGGAUUUCGACUCAGGUAGGGCAAAACGUGCCUCUAAUACUCUUACCAUGAUUGGAGGUAAGAUGGUCUGCACUCCUUUUGAUCCAAUUGAACGGAUCAAGAUCCCCGAUGUGGCCCCAUCACUUCACUCUAGCACACUUCAUAGAUGUUAUAAACUCUAUGUUACGGGGUCUAAUCCAUCACAAGCAAUGUCGCUGUGCCUUGAUACAGUUUUUGGAAUUGCUGAUGAUAAGAAUUCAAUAGCUGGGACAAGUGCUUAG